CCCCUGUCGUUGCCUCCCCUCGUCGUCACGGCCGGACGCAGCUCGGAGAACUGGUGAGCUUGGACCCCGGUUUGGGUCCGCGGGCCGAUUUUCAGAGGAGGAAGAGGUACCCAUACUUCUACCUUUCCCUAGUUUUCCCCUGUGUUGGGCCUCCUGGGAGGCCCCACGUCGCCACCGUUGGAUUCGCCUCGAAGUUCUGGUCAGAACGCACCCCGGGAGAGGCCCAGGGGGGUAGCGGUAUCGGAUCCUUUGGAUCUCCCCAGAUUUGGGGCUGCCGUGGUCCCAAGCCGCCCUGCUCCGACCAAGGGAAGGCUACAGACCCUGGAGGUCCUGCUUCGCCGUCCCUGGGCCUCUUGCCUCGGGGGCGCCCUGGAGCCGUUGACAGACGACUCCACGGGAUGAGGAGCUGGUCCCCAACGGGGAGGCCGCCUGCCACAGGGCAUGCUUCCUUUUCCCGGCAGCCCCGCGGCUGGAGGCCUCGUGCUGCGCGGCCAGCCAUCGGGCGGUGCCGCGGCGGCCACCUCCGGUGGGACAGCGGGGAGCGGCCGUACAGGUGGAGCAUCUGCGUGCUGAAGACGCCCGACGGUGGUUACGGGACCGGCUGGCUGCUGCGCUUCAGGGGCCGGUGCGCCGUCAUGACGGCGGCGCACGUGCUGCCCUCGCGCGGCGCCGCCGGGGCGGCGCGGGUGGCGUUCGGCUGCGAGCGCGGGAGCGCGGCGAGGAGAGAGUGCCAGUUCGACGCCCGCCUCUUUGUGACCAACCAGCGGCUCGACUACACCAUCGUCGGGUCCAGGAGACAUUGUGACCAUCGCUGGUCACGCCAACGGGUGGCCUCGUGUGGUUUCGACGUCGAAGGUCAAGGAGGUGGACGAACAUUACUUAUACUACGGCGCGAACACGCUGGACGGAUCAUCGGGUUCGCCCGUCCUCGUCCUGCGGGAGGGGGGCGCCUGCGUGGUCGCGGGCCUGCACCAGGGCCGCAGCGCAGAGGCGGGGGCCAAUUACGGGCUGCGCCUCGGCCCAGCGCUGGCGGACGCGGUGCGGAGGCUGCGUUCUGACCGGGGCCUUGCCGCGGCGACGAAGGACGUGUGCAGCAAUGCGGGCGACGCGACAGCUCCUCUUCUGAGAGUCCAGUCGGGACGGCGGGCUUCGCAGGAGCGCUCGCUUGCGCGAGCGCGCCCAACGGUGGGCGCGCCGCCACUCAGCGCGCCGCCCGCGCGCGGACUCGUAGGGCUCGUUUCGACUCCCC